GUUCAAAGAUGGAAUUAUCAAAAAUAAAGUUGAAAAACGUUGUUAAUGGGCUACAACACAAAGUCCACAAGUAAACAAUUCCUACAACAGACAGAAAGGUAUACCGUCUCUCACUCGAGGGGAGAGGGAACAUUAUUCAAAGUCGUCCCGAAUGUUUCUUUCCAAAUGUGCUGACUAAAACUCAGCCUGGAGAGGGUCUUGAAGUUUUGUUCAAGCAAAUAAAGUAGAGGCUAUAAGAGGAGAAGAUAUAUCUUCUUGAGCUGUGCCUUUACAUCGUUUGCCAGUAAUACCAAGUAUAACAAGAUGCAUGCCCUGUUAAGAAUCUGUAUUAUUCUGCUUCUUUUUCUACGGCCCUGUAGAUGCACAAUGACUGAUGAGGAAAGUCUUAUAGAUUUCAAGAAUUCCAUCAUUCCCGAUCCUCUAAAUUUAUUUGCCAGUUGGGUCCCUACUAUUCACUUUUGUAACUGGACUGGAGUUACUUGUGAUCCAACAAGAAACAGAGUGCAAUUGCUUAAGUUGGCAGAUAUGCAAUUAGGGGGUUCCAUCUCCCCUUCAAUUGGUAAUCUUUCAUUCCUCACGCAACUUGAUCUUCACAACAACACUCUUGCAGGCCGAAUUCCACAAGAAAUAGGGAGACUUCAAGGCCUAAAGGUUCUUUUUCUUUCAAUCAAUCGAUUAGAAGGCUCCAUUCCAAAAAAUUUGACUUCAUGCAAGGACUUACAAGUAUUGUUACUGGCUAAGAAUCAAUUUACUGGAGCGAUUCCUGGAGAGUUGAGUCUGCUUAAAAAUCUCCAAGUCCUUAUGCUUGGCUCCAAUAAUCUUUCUGGUAACAUCCCUCCUUCCUUAGGAAAUCUCUCUUACCUAGAAACAUUGUAUAUGGGAGAUCUCGACCUUGAAGGUCAGAUUCCACCUGAAUUGGGAAUGCUCUCUAGCUUGACUUCCUUUCUUCUAUUUGAGAAUCCCCGUUUAAAAGGCCUUAUUCCCUCGUCAAUCUCAAAUAUAUCAGGCUUAGUAGAGUUGGCCCUUUACGGAAACCAGUUGACCGGUCCCAUCCCACCAGAAUUGGGCAGGCUCUCUCGCGCUGAAGUUGUACUUUUAUGGGGCAAUCAGCUGAGAGGUAGUAUUCCAGCCACAUUUGCCAAUUGUACACAUCUGCGUAAGCUUGAUUUGGAGGAAAAUCGUCUCAGUGGAGCAGCACCAUCGGAUCUGGGGAGGCUUCCAAAUCUUCAAAGGCUGAGUUUGUCAUCCAAUCAACUUGUUAGCGGCAUUUCUCUGACCAUCCCCAUACUUGCAGCUCUGCACAAUUGCACCAAGCUGAAUAUUCUAUUGAUUAGUGACAAUUAUUUGAGUGGAUACUUGCCAGAGCAGCUUCCGACAAAUCUCUCUUCGUUAUCAGUAGAUGGUAAUAGAAUCACAGGAAGGAUACCUUCAUCUUUUGCCAACCUAACCAAUUUGAGGGACCUUUAUAUGUCUUCCAAUCUCCUUACAGGCCGCAUUCCAUCCUCUCUGAGAAGCCUUCGUAACCUGCAAAGACUUUUUCUGGACAGCAACAAGCUAAAAGGAAGCAUACCCCGUGAGAUUGGCGAAAUGAAAAGCCUUGGGGAGUUAUCAGCCAGCCAUAAUAUGCUUAGCGGACAGAUACCUGAUACAAUUGGUCGACUUCAACAGUUAACACAUCUUGUGCUUAACAACAACCUACUAUCAGGGAAAGUACCUAAAAGUUUGGGAAAAUGUUACAAUUUGCAAUUGCUAGACCUCUCCAACAAUCAGUUGAGAGGACGCAUACCUAGUGAAGUGGCAAGUCUUCCUAAUUUACAGUUUUAUCUCAAUUUGUCCAGAAACUCGUUGCAAGGAUCUCUACCUCCAGGAAUUGGAAAGAUGAUUCAUGUUCAAGCUAUUGAUGUUUCAGCUAACAGGUUAGAAGGUCACAUUCCAGCUACUCUUGAAAGCUGUGAAGAACUUGGAUAUCUGAGUCUUUCUUCGAAUGAAUUGGAAGGCCCAAUACCAGAUUCUCUAAGGCGAUUAAAAAGUCUUGUGAGUAUGGAUCUGUCUUCUAACAACCUCUCAGGUUUGAUCCCUGUUUCUCUAAAGUCGCUGAAUAUGCUCCAGUAUUUGAAUUUAUCUUUCAAUAACCUCAGUGGAGAGGUACCAAAAGAAGGCAUGUUUAAAAAUUUGACAGCUGCAUCAUUUAUGGGAAAUAUGUUUCUCUGUGGAGAGUGGAUCCAGUUACCUCCAUGCCCUGGGGUUCACAAUACUCAGCUUAAAGACCACAGCAGCAGAAUUAGAAUUUUUGCACCACUUGCUGGAACCAUAACCUUCCUAUUAGUUUGUUUAUUGAUCGUGGGACUCAUUUACAGGAGGCGCAAGGUCAAGUCUAAUGUUCAGAAUGACAUGUUGCCUCUGGAGCUCAUAAAGGACAAGGGGGUUUCCUAUCAAGAAAUCUUUAAAGCAACAGAUGGAUUUAACCAGGAAAAAUUGUUGGGGACUGGAAGCUUUGGCUCAGUGUACAAAGGUAUUAUGGAUGAUGGUACAGUGGCUGCUUUCAAGCGCCUGAAUUUACAAAAUGAGGAAGCCAACAAGAGCUUCAUGAGGGAAUUCGAAGUGUUGGCAAAAGUUAGGCAUAGGAAUCUUGUAAAAAUCAAAUCCUUCUGCUUAGAAUUUGGACACAGAAUAUUGGUUCUAGAGUUCAUGUCCAAAGGAAAUCUGGAGACACUGCUGCAUUCCAAUGGUAACUCAUUGACCUUCAUUGAGAUAUUGAACAUAGCAAUUGAUGUUAUCCAUGGGUUAGAGUAUUUGCACCAUGACUGUUUUCUGGAGUUUGCACACUGUGAUAUAAAACCAAGUAAUGUUCUUAUGAACGAGGACAUGACAGCACAUGUAGCAGAUUUUGGCAUUGCCCGGAUAGUUAACGGGUCAGACAGUAGUACUUCCACUAUAACUCUGAAGGGAUCCAUAGGCUACAUUGCACCAGAGUACGGAAUUGGUGGGAAGGUAUCCACGAGGGGUGAUAUUUACAGUUAUGGUAUUAUGUUGUUGGAGAUGUUAACUGGAAAGAGUCCAACCAACCAUAUGUUUGUGGGAGGAUUGGAGCUCCACAAGUGGGUAAGCAUGCAUUUUAACAACAAUUUGGAGGAGAUUAUUGACAUGAGAAUGAUGGAAGAUACAGGACAACACGAAAUAAAUCAAUGCCUUAUUCCAUUUUUACUUAUUGGGUUGGAGUGUUCAAAAGAGUCCCCCAACGAAAGACCUACGGCUAGAGAGGUCGCACGAGUAUUGGAAACUAUUAAGAAGAGACUUUUUAAGGCCUGAAAAAGUUUUAUAUUAUGUAAUAAAGUCAUUUUAGUUAUGUAAUAAUGUUAUUAUUAAUUAAAAUGUUUAGUUAGUGGUAUAUUAGUUGGGGUGGGUGUAAUGAAAUCCUUUUAGUAUGGAGGAUUCUAACAAUUAUGUUAAUUAUAUUUGUUAUAAUAAAGGAAUUCUAAUGACUUACAUGUUA